CUAAGUGACCCGAAUCAGGACCGGCCCGACCCGACCCGACCGUUUCUGGAAGCAAAUCGACCUACAAGAGAAAGGGGACGAAUCUAGAACAAGGAAGAUAGCGAAGAAGGGACGACGAUUGUCAAACCGAAGAAUUUUCAGAAAGCAGAGGACGAGAUGAACGAUAACGAGUACCAGGAUAUGGAUAGAUUUGGCGUGGAAAACGACUACGACGGAGGCGAAUGGAUAGGCGGCGAAUUUUACUACCGAAAACGCAAAGAUAAGCAGAAACAAACCAAAGAAGAUGUUCUAUACGGUGUUUUUGCUGAUUAUUCCGACUCUGACGAUGAUGAUUCAUCCUCACGAAAACGUAGAAAGGAUCGCGACGGCCGCAAAGCUGACCUCACUAAACCCGUCAGUUUCAUCUCCACAGGUACUGUGAUGCCUGACAAAGAAAUUGAUCAGAAUUCAAAGGAAGCUAUUGAUGACAUGUUUUCUGAAGAUAAUGGUAGGCCUGGAUUGGGAUCUGGAGCAUCUGGUUUGGGGUACAACAAUUCAAAGGUUAAGGAUAGUGUUAAAGAAUUAAAGAAUGUAGCUUAUAGCGGUGAUGAUGGUGAGGAUGAUUAUAGUUUUCUUCCAACUGAAUUCGGGAGAAGGAUAAAGGAAGGUGUGCAGAGAAGGGAAAAGGAGAGGAUUGAGAAGAAGGAAACCAACGUAGUGAGAAAAUCAGAUGUGGGAAUAACGAAGGAUGUUGGAGGAUUUGAGAAAUAUACAAAAGGAAUUGGAAUGAAACUGUUGGAGAAAAUGGGGUAUAAGGGAGGUGGACUUGGGAAGAACGAGCAGGGAAUUGUAGCUCCAAUUGAAGCUAAGUUAAGACCUAAGAAUAUGGGAAUGGGAUUCAACGAUUACAAAGAGGUCGCACCUACAUUGCCUCAAUUAGAGGAACAAACCGUCGGUCAAGCACAGAUAGAGGUGAAGAGGACAAGAGAGAAACAGUGGAUUAAAGGAAAGAAGAAGAAGAAGGAUUCUUACAUUACAGCAGACGAGUUAUUAGCAAAGAAGGAAGAUCAAGGAUUUGAGGUCCUUCAAAAGGUGAUCGACAUGCGAGGACCACAAGUAAGAGUUUUGACCAAUUUUGACAAUCUAAACGCAGAAGAAAAAGCAAGAGAGAAUGAUGUGCCAAUGCCCGAACUUCAACACAAUCUAAGAUUGAUAGUUGAAUUAGCUGAACUCGAUAUACUUAAAAUCGACAGAGAUUUGAGGAACGAGAGAGAAACAGCUAUCAGUUUGCAGAAGGAGAAAUCAAGGCUCGAACAGGAGUCUACUCAUCAGAAACAACAACUAAACAACAUGGAGGAGAUCGAAAGUGUUAUAAACUACAUCGAAGAACAGAAUUCAUUAGGAACUCUAACCCUAAAUUCGCUAGCAAAUCAUUUUAUCGACCUAAGGAGAAAAUACCCAGAAGAUUAUAAGCUCUGUAACUUAUCAUCUAUAGCUUGCAAUUUCGCUCUUCCCCUGUUCAUUCGAGUAUUUCAAGGAUGGGAUCCACUUAGAAACCCUCUGCACGGGCUCGAAUUGGCACAACUAUGGAAAAAUGUGUUACAAGGCGAGGAAAGUAACGACAUAUUUGAUGUGGCUACGCCUUAUACAAAUCUAAUUGAACAAGUAGUUUUGCCCGCUAUAAGAAUAUCGGGCAUAAACACAUGGGAACCAAGAGAUCCCGAGCCAAUGCUUAGACUAAUGGAGACGUGGGAAAAGUUAUUGCCUUCUUCGAUUAUUCAAAAUGUAUUGCACAGCAUCGUCAUGCCGAAACUAUCUGCAGCUGUUGAUUCAUGGGACCCGCGUCGCGAAACCGUUCCAAUCCACGUUUGGGUUCAUCCAUGGCUGACAUUCCUCGGAUCGAAAUUGGACGGUUUAUACCACAUGAUAAGGAUGAAACUAAGCAUGGUUCUUGAUGCUUGGCAUCCGAGCGACGCCUCCGCCUACACGAUCUUAUCCCCGUGGAAAUCAGUGUUCGAUUCCGCCAACUGGGAGAAUAUGAUGCGUCGAUUCAUUGUCCCGAAACUGCAGAUCGCACUUCAAGAAUUUCAAAUAAACCCGGCGAAUCAGAAACUCGAUCAUUUCUAUUGGGUCGUUUCGUGGGUUUCCGCGAUCCCUGUUCAUCUGAUGGUCGAUUUGCUGGAGAGGUUCUUCUUUUCGAAAUGGCUACAAGUUCUAUAUCAUUGGUUAAGUUCGAAACCUAAUUUACAGGAGGUUCAUCAAUGGUACAUAGGUUGGAAAGGUCUCAUACCGGUGGAACUACAAUCGCAUGAGAACAUUCGAUAUCAAUUCACCGUCGGAUUGAACAUGAUCGAUCGUUCAAUCGAAGGUAUGGAAGUUGUUCAGCCGGUUAUGAGAGAUAACCUCAGUUAUAAUAAUAAUCGUGCGAAAGAGGAAAGACAGGCAGAAUUAUUACAGAGAGUUGAAAUGGACAACGGUAAUGGAGUUGAGAUGUCGUUGAAGGAAGUUGUGGAAGCCCAUGCACAGCAUCAUGGUUUGUUGUUUAAGCUGAAACCGGGGAGGAUGCACGAUGGGAAUCAGAUAUAUGGUUAUGGGAAUAUUAGUAUAUAUGUUGAUUCGAUUAAUCAGAGGUUGUAUGCUCAGAAGGAUGAGAGUUGGGUAUUGACGAAUCUCGAUAGGUUGCUUGAACUUCAUAACGGUUCUGUUGGGAAAAGGCGGUGAAUCCAGAAACCAAGGGCUAAGGCUAAUGUAUGUUUUUCUUUCUCUUCUUGUUUGUGCAAUAUUAUGAAACUGGAUAUCUUUUAGAUAGAACAAUUAUAUAAGAAAUGUAGUAUUGCCUAGCAGCAACUGAACUGAUGAAAUUUACUCCAUAAGAUUAAAGUGUUUUUUGAUGGAAAACUUAUGUAGAAUUUGCACCAGGUUGAAAUGCUAGUAUGUUUCCAUGUCCUGUUUCAAUA